UGUACGAAGUUCUUUUAGCGGUUGUCAAGCCAAAGUUAAGAAACUUUAGGGCAAUUAUUACACUCUUUCGUGUACUUGCCACAGUCAGAGGGGAAAAAUGAAGAUCGAGGAAGUUAAAAGUACCACUAAGACGCAGCGAAUAGCCACUCAUAGCCACGUGAAGGGACUUGGUUUGGAUGAAAAUGGCGACGCUCUCACGAUGGGUUCUGGCCUCGUGGGUCAAGAAACUGCUCGGGAGGCAGCAGGAGUAGUGGUUGAACUGAUUAAAUCUAAAAAGAUGGCUGGAAGAGCAAUCCUUCUAGCUGGUCCCCCAGGAACUGGAAAGACUGCAUUAGCUCUUGCUAUUGCUCAAGACCUGGGUCCAAAGGUUCCAUUCUGUCCUAUGGUUGGGAGUGAAGUGUACUCUUCUGAAAUCAAGAAGACAGAAGUUUUAAUGGAGAAUUUUAGAAGAGCAAUUGGCUUGAGGAUCAAGGAAACAAAGGAAGUUUAUGAAGGAGAGGUGACUGAGCUGACACCCUGUGAAACAGAGAAUCCUAUGGGAGGUUAUGGUAAAACUGUCAGUCAUGUGGUGAUAGGACUAAAAACAGCCAAAGGAACUAAGCAGCUUAAGCUGGAUCCAUCAAUAUAUGAAAGCCUUCAGAAGGAAAAGGUAGAAGUCGGUGAUGUGAUUUACAUUGAGGCAAACAGUGGAGCAGUUAAGCGUCAAGGGAGAUCUGACACGUUUGCCACAGAAUUUGAUCUUGAGGCUGAGGAGUAUGUACCACUACCCAAAGGUGAUGUCCACAAGAAGAAGGAAAUUGUGCAGGAUGUAACUCUGCAUGACCUUGAUGUGGCAAAUGCAAGACCACAGGGAGGACAAGAUAUUCUUUCCAUGAUGGGACAGCUGAUGAAGCCUAAGAAGACAGAAAUCACUGACAAAUUAAGAAAAGAGAUUAAUAAGGUGGUAAAUAAAUACAUCGAUCAAGGGGUCGCUGAACUCGUUCCUGGCGUGUUGUUCGUCGAUGAGGUUCACAUGUUGGAUAUCGAAUGCUUUACUUAUUUACACCGAGCUUUAGAGUCGACAAUUUCCCCGAUUGUUAUAUUUGCAACAAAUCGAGGAAACUGCACAAUAAGAGGCACGGAAAUAAGUGCUCCCCACGGGAUACCCCUGGAUCUGUUGGAUCGACUUAUGAUCAUCCGUACCCUACCCUACUCACAAGAAGAAAUGGUUCAAAUUAUUCGUAUUCGAGCCCAGACGGAGAACAUUCAAGCUGAUGAUGAAUCGCUGAGCCUUUUAGGAGAAAUCGGCACUAAAACUACUUUGAGAUAUGCAGUUCAGUUGCUGACGCCGUCUAACCUACUCGCUCGCAUCAAUGGUCGUUCAAGUAUCAACAGACAGGAUGUGGAAGAAAUAAACGAGCUAUUUUACGACGCCAAAUCUUCAGCAAAACUUUUGGCAGAGCACGAGGACAAGUACAUGAAGUAAAGACACUGAACCUGAGCCGUAUCGCCAAGAGAGAUGUUCUUUCCUCGUAAUGUUACUUUUAGUUACGUGUUAAAGCACUGUCAAGUCAGUUGUGGUAACUAUUUAUAACUGUCACAGUAUAAGCGUUUGUAUUUUAUGGAUAGUGUGUUUUUGCAUAAAAAGAAAUACCGGUAGUUUUAAAGUCGCCAUUUUGAGGUGUGUUGGGUCUUUUCCUGGAAAGGUCGGAACUUUGACGCUUCCUCCCCUCCUUAGUCACGACGAGAUUACCUCUGGGGGAGUAAAAAAAUGAUAGCUGCGCACGUUAGCUAGGAAGAGGUUUGCAAAGAGUUUAUAAGUGAUGCGUGUUUGAGGCCAAAAUAGACAUGUGAAGCGUGGAUUGAACGGGAGCGCGAACGUGAUUUUGAAGUUAUGGACCUGCGCGAGGGGUGUUUGCCUCCUGAAAUAUAAGUGAACUGCGAAUAUUAUCUUUCAUUUCGUGAAAACCUCAAGAUUUCCCUGAAAACUCAUACACAAGAUGAGAGAGUUUCAGAUUUCCCUGUUAAAUUCGUGACGCGUGAAGUGCGCGUGAAGUGUUUUUAAAAAAUUAGUGAAACUUGAUCAGAACCCCCCACCACCCCUCCCUGUUUGCUUCCCCCUAGAAUGUUGCAGAUCAAACUAAUCUUCUGACGCUAGGCAUUUACUCUUACAACUUAUAGCUCUUAGUACACAAUUAUAUUUUCGUUCAAGGCUGAUAAAGUAUUCCUCUCCACAAUGCUAUCGACUUGGGAAACCCAGCAUCAACUUGUCCCGCUGUAGAAUUAAAACUGUAAAAGAGGUUUUCCUUGAAGAAGUAUGUGUCGCCAUUUUUAUCUGAAAACACGGUAUCGGGGUCAUUCGGGACGCCUCUCCAAGUCGAGGCUAUGAGCCGCGGGAAGCCUGGGUCUACUUCUUGGGAGGUGUCAUUGAAGCGGAAGUAAUUCGAGUCUUUGAAGAAGUAUGUGACACCAUCUAUGUAUCUAAAACAAAUGAAAGGAUUUCCAGUUCAGGAUCAAAAUCGAAAUUUCUCGCUCUGCAUAUCCGAGUAUGCAGUAGUUGAUUCGUUUUAUUCGGGACGCGUAGGAAAAUCUCCAAAGUAAAGGAAUCUA